AUGGUUCUUCAAGAUCUCGGCCGGCGCAUCAGCACCGCCUUGCACGAUGUCACCCGCGCGCCGAACCUCGACGAGAAGGCCUUCAAGGCCAUGCUCAACGAGAUCUCCCACGCCCUCCUCGAAGCCGACGUGAACGUGCGACUGGUCAGCAAGCUCUCCAACUCGAUAAAAAACCAGGUCAACUUCAAAGACAUCCCGCCCGCCGUCAACAAGAAGAGGCUGAUCCAGAAGGCCGUCUUUGAUGAGCUGGUCAAGCUCGUCGACCCCCAUGCCGAGCCCUUCAAGCCCAAGAAGGGCAAGUCCAAUGUCAUCAUGUUCGUUGGCCUGCAGGGUGCCGGCAAGACCACCACGUGUACCAAGCUGGCCCGCCACUACCAGGCCAGGGGCUUCAGAGCCGCCCUCGUGUGCGCCGACACAUUCCGUGCUGGCGCCUUCGACCAGUUGAAGCAGAACGCCGUCAAGGCCAAGAUCCCGUACUAUGGCUCCCUCACCGAGACCGAUCCCGCAGUCGUCGCCAAGGAGGGUGUCGACAAGUUCAAGAAGGAGCGCUUCGAGGUCAUCAUCGUCGACACGUCCGGACGCCAUCGACAAGAGUCCGCCUUGUUCCAGGAAAUGUUGGACAUCCAGACUGCCGUCAAGCCAGACGAGACCAUCAUGGUCCUCGACUCCUCCAUCGGCCAGCAAGCCGAGGCCCAGGCCAAGGCCUUCAAGGAGGCUGCUGACUUCGGUGCCAUCAUCAUCACCAAGACGGACGGCCACGCCAGCGGCGGCGGUGCUAUUUCGGCAGUCGCCGCGACGCACACCCCCAUCGUCUUCAUCGGCACUGGAGAGCACAUGCUGGACCUGGAAAAGUUCGCCCCGCAGCAGUUCGUCAACAAGCUGCUGGGGAUGGGUGACAUGGCAGGUCUGGUCGAGCACGUGCAGUCCCUCAAGCUGGACCAGAAGGACACCAUCAAGCACAUCACCGAGGGCAUCUUCACCGUGCGGGACCUGCGCGAUCAGCUGGGCAACAUCAUGAAGAUGGGUCCCCUGUCCAAGAUCUCCGGCAUGAUUCCAGGAAUGGCCAACCUGCCGGGCAUGGACCAGAUGGACAACGAAGAGUCGAGUGCCAAGCUGAAGCGCAUGAUCUACAUCUGCGACAGCAUGACCGAGAAGGAGCUCGACAGCGAUGGCAAGAUGUUCGUCGAGCACCCCACACGUGUCGUACGCGUCGCGCGGGGCAGCGGUGCCAGCGUCCGCGAAGUCGAGGAGCUCUUGACGCAGCAGCGCAUGAUGGCCGGCAUGGCCAAGAAGAUGGGUGGCAACAUGAAGAACAUGCAACGCGCACAACAAGCCAUGGGCGGCGGCAACAAGGCUCAGCAAAUGGCGGCCAUGCAGAAGAGGUUGCAGAGCAUGGGUGGCGCCGGCGCUGGUGGUAUGCCGGACAUGGCCAGUCUGGCCAAGAUGUUUGGCGGCGGUGGUGGAGGCGGCGGCAUGCCAGGUGGUAUGGACAUUCAAAACAUGAUGAAGAGCAUGGGCAUGGGCGGCAUGAUGGGCGGCGGCGGAGCUGGUCGCGGCGGCAGGAGAUAA